ACAAUAAAAACACAUACACACUAUGAUAUGAUGAUGAUGAGAAUAGCAGGGUCCACUUCGUCUCCUUCACUACUCCCUCUGUUACUUCACCUCCAUCACAAGGAAUAGAUCAAUCUUCAAACCCUAGCCUCCUCCUCAACUCAAUCAAUGGAGCUCAAACCUGGCCUCUCUGCUUUGGUCACUGGCGGUGCCUCCGGAAUCGGUAAAGCCCUUUGUUUGGCUCUUGCAGAGAAGGGAAUAUUUGUUACAGUUGCUGAUUUCUCUGAAGAGAGGGGAAAGGAAGUUGCAGCCCUUGUUGAAAAAGAGAAUGCCAAGUUCCAUUCAAUGUUGAAAUUUCCAUCUGCUAUGUUUAUAAAAUGUGAUGUGACCAAUACAAGUGAACUCUCUGCUCUUUUUAAAAAACAUUUGGCAACAUAUGGAGGGUUGGAUAUCUGUAUUAAUAGUGCUGGUAUUGCAACUCCUGUGAUAUUCUACAAGGAUCAAACGGAUGGCUCUCGUUCAUGGAGACACACUAUUAAUGUGAACCUCACUGCAGUUAUUGACUGCACGCGCCUUGCGAUUCAAACCAUGCAAGCUGCACAAAAGCCUGGUGUAAUCAUAAACAUGGGUUCUGCUUCAGGACUUUAUCCGAUGUAUGGUGAUCCUAUCUACUCUGCCUCCAAAGGGGGGGUGGUUCUAUUUACUAGGUCACUUGUUCCGUAUAAGCGACAAGGAAUUCGUAUCAAUGUGCUUUGUCCUGAGUUUGUUGAAACUGAGUUGGCUUCUAAAGUGGAUUCUAAACUUAUUGGUUUAAUGGGAGGCUACGUGUCCAUGGAAAUGGUGGUGAGAGGUGCUUUUGAGCUUAUCAGGGAUGAGAAUAAAGCUGGGUCUUGUUUGUGGAUUACUAAACGAAGGGGCAUGGAGUAUUGGCCUACACCAAUGGAAGAAACAAAAUACUUGUUACCUUCUUCAAAAUUGAGGAGUAGGUCUUCAUUCGUGGCCCCAUUGAAUAUCCAAAUACCUCAGAGCUUUGAGAAAAUAGUUGUCCACACCCUCAGCCACAAUUUUCGUAGUGCUACCAGCGUAGUGCGUACGCCAUUGAGGUUACCAAUCAAACCAGAUCAUGUCCUGGUGAAAAUCAUUUAUGCUGGCGUCAAUGCUAGUGAUGUUAAUUUUAGCUCAGGAAGUUAUUUUAGUGGCAACAAGAAAGACCUUGGCUCUCUUCUUCCAUUUGAUGCAGGCUUUGAGGCUGUCGGAAUAAUUGCUGCAGUGGGCGAUUCUGUUAAGAACUUAAAAGUUGGCAAACCUGCUGCGCUCAUGAUUUUUGGAAGUUACGCCGAACUUACAAUGGUUCCCUCAAAGCACAUCCUUCCUGUGCCAAGACCUGAUGCAGAAGUUGUUGCCAUGCUUACAUCUGGACUUACAGCAUCAAUAGCUCUAGAAAAGGCAGCACAAAUGGAUUCUGGAAAAGUAGUCCUUGUAACAGCUGCGGCAGGAGGGACUGGACAGUUUGCAGUCCAGCUUGCAAAAUUGGCUGGAAAUAAAGUGGUUGCAACUUGCGGAGGUAAAGAAAAGGCUAUGCUUUUGAAAGAUUUGGGAGUUGAUCGUGUCAUUGACUAUAGAGCAGAAGAUAUCAAGACUGUUCUAAAGAAGGAGUUCCCAAAGGGUGUUGAUAUUGUCUAUGAGUCUGUUGGUGGUGAAAUGUUUGAUCUGUGCUUGAAUGCUCUGGCAGUCCAUGGGCGUAUGGUUGUGAUUGGAAUGAUUUCUCAGUAUCAAGGAGAGCAUGGGUGGAAGCCUUUGAAUUACACUGGGCUAUGUGAGAAGCUUCUAGCUAAAAGCCAAACUGUGGCUGGUUUCUUCCUGGUGCAAUAUAGUCACCUAUGGCAACCACAUCUAGACAAGCUUUUCCAUCUUUACUCACUGGGAAAGCUUAAGGUGCCUCACAGAGAGACUAUCCUCAAAGAGUUCAAGCUUUAAAUCUCCUCAAGAGCAAGCAGCAACAACAAAGGAAAAGAAAGUUCUUGCUUGAUCCUGAAGAGGAGGUACCUGAGGCUCACGUGGAAGAAGAGGAAGCAGAGAAAGAGCAAGAGACACCAUUAAAAAGAAAGAAGAAAAUAACGAUCUCUCUUUCUGAUUUCACUGGGGAUGUCAUUCAUGAAGCAUAUUUGCUAAAGCAGUGGAAGCGAAACACUCCAAAGAAAUCAUUGUAUUCCAAAGGGCUGAGAAGAGGAGACAACAACAAAUGCUUAGGGAUGAAGCUGUUGCUGCUGCUGCUAAUGCACUCCAAAGAGAAACUGCAAGGAGACAACAAACUGCUGAACAUUAUACCCUUCGCAGUUCUCCAAUCAUUGCUACCAUUUUUGAAACGAGUAAUUUCCUUUUGUGUUUCUAGUUUCCUUUCUCAAGUUUUGAUACUGAAACUUAACAUUGCUUCAUAUUUCUUCUUUUGCAACAACAACUACUCUACAUUCUCCUUCGAUAAGGACUUCUUCAGUUUUAUUUGAAGUUGAAAGACUAUUAGAAGCAUCCUCAAAAAAGAAAAAGAAGGCUAGCACUAAAGUGCCUCGAAGUGUAGAGCCCAUUCAGGCAAUACUCUCACUCCCUGGUUUUACACUUUCACACCUUUUUUGAGGCAAAGCAUUCCUAUGUCCUUAUCUUUCGGCUUAACUCCAUACCUUUCUCUUCUAACCUUUAACUCAGCCCAAUUUAUUCUCCCUACAACUCUUGCUGCUCCUUCCCCUCUUGAGGAGAUCCCAGUUAUUACUUCAUCUCCAGUGAUAGUUGAUUCUCUCAGAGAAGAUACUGGUAGCUCACCAAUUCUUUGUCUACCAUCCCUAUCCAGCUCCAGUCCCUUUUCUCUUGACCUACUGGUGGCUAGGACUAUGGAAACUGCUAGGGACACUUCAUCCUCAUCUCCUAUCCCUAUGCAGUCAUCUCUUCCUUCUAGUAGAGCCUUUUCUGCACCAACAAUGUCAAUGGAAAAGAUGAACAUUUUCGAAGCUACAUUGGCUAGCCUUUUUGACAUGCCUUCUACCAUUCUAACAGCCAGUAAUGAAACUGAGCCAUUGGUUAUGGCUGAUUCUCUCUUGGAAAUUUUUGAGAGCUCUGUCACCACCAGUACGGCUUCCUCAUCUUCAUUGGAUUUGGGUAUCUGUUUGGAGUUUCUGACAUUGUUCUCGAGGAUCCCAUUCGAAGCUUUGCAAAGACCUAUUAUCAAGAAUGGUUUCUUCCAGUACUGCAAGGUUAUUGAGCAAUCCAACAUGGUUAUUUCAAGUCAUUUAUCUCAGGCAGCAGCUACCAUUAACUUUUAUAUCAACAUCUGUCAUGCUGCCAAAGCUGCAGAUGGGAAAUUGUUGAGAGACCAAGAAUUUGUUUUACAUAUACAUGCUGAGGUGUCUGAAUUGAAAGAACAACAUUCCUCUGUCUCCUAAUUUCGAGCCCAACUUUUGGAGAAGAAAGCUCAACUAAAGGAAGAGUUAUCAGUAAUUAACCUGGCUUUGGAUCGAACUGCCACCAAGCUGCAAAUCACCAACCAAGGACUGGCUGAUCGAAGGUAGGAGAUGACUACAGCCAUCCAGUUGUUCCCAUUUCUUAAAAGUAAAGAAUCAAUUGUAAGGGAACAAUUGAAAUAUUGUACUGACUUUUGGGCCAAUUUAUGGCUGCAUGUAUUUAACUCCUUAUGAAAUGAAUUCUUUAUUUAUUA